ACAGUACAUUGUAAGAGCUCCGAAUGGAACUGGCCAGUCAUAUUGCUGACACAAUUCACAGGAUAACAGCCCUGAAACUCCUCAAAUUAACAGAAAGCGGUUAUCUGUGUUACUACAUAUAUUAAGGCAGACUACAAACAGAGUGUUGAAGCAGAGUAUAGUAACAACCUGUUGAUAUUUCUUGUGUAUUAGGAAGGUUGGGAGAAGAAGAUUCAGAGGUGUCAGUGUUUUCCAGUUCCAUUGGCUGCAAAGGCGAGAUGAAGGCCUUUAAGUGAAAAUGUCUUUGAGGGGCUGUCAGGGGCCUCCUAAACUGGAGCGCCUGGAGUCGGUCAUGAGCCAGUUCUCUGGCAGCCUGGACCAGGAUGACCUGCAGGACGAUCCAGAGGAGCUGGACCUGAGCUGCCAUACUGACCUCUGUGGCGAUAAACUGAUGGAAACAAGGGACAUCUCCUUUCAAGCAAUAUACAACUUUCUCCCAUUCAAGUCCCUGGAUUGUGUUAUAUUUCUUGAAGAAGUGCCAGUCCUGGUGCAAGUGACAGAGGUUGAGCGAUUCACGUCUACAGGGGUGCUGAAUCCCAACUUGUACACUAUAGAGUUGAGCCACGGAGGCUUCAAAUGGAAAAUCAAACGCCGUUUCAAGCACUUUCUGGCACUUAAUCAGGAGCUGCUCAAAUUCAAGGCCCUCUUAAAAAUUCCUCUGCCAAGUCGAAUUCACUCAGUCAAAAGGAAGUCAUUCAAAGGCCGCAAAAGGUUUAAUGGAGGACACAUACCUUCAUUACCACGAAGACCUGAUGCCCUGGUCAAGGAGGAACAGCUCAUCAGUAGAAAAAUGCAACUUGAGGACUAUCUGAGGAAUAUAUUGAAAAGGCCUUUGUAUAGGAUACAUCCUGCAACACUUGAAUUCCUGGAAGUGAGUCAAAUCUCAUUUAUUCAGGAUCUGGGACCAAAAGGAUUGGAAGGUCUGAUCUUAAAGAAAUCUGGAGGAAACACAUUCCCUGUAUGUUACUGGUGUGGAUCCAACAGUGUCUGUUACCGUUGGUCCAAAAGAUGGCUGGUGGUAAAAGACUCCUUUGUACUCUACAUGAGGCCAGAGGAUGGCCAAGUAGGUACCGUGAUUCUAUAUGAUAAGGGAUUUCACAUCAAAAUAGGGACCGGAGAGGCUGGAGUGAGGCAUGGAGUCACAAUUGAGAAUCUUUGCAGGGCACUUACUAUCAAGUGCUCCACAUAUAGGCAGGCUCGUUGGUGGGGGCACUCCAUCGAUGAAUUUUCUCAAAUGUUUGGACAGGACUUUCUGAAAGAAAACCGCUAUGGGUCUUUCACACCGGUUAGAGAAAAAACUACAUCAAAAUGGUUUGUCAAUGCAGCUGGAUACUUUGAUGCCAUUGCUGAUGCUCUAGAAGGAGCAAAGGAGGAAAUCUUUAUCACAGCCUGGUGGUUAAGCCCAGAAAUCUUCCUCAAAAGACCAGUAGUGAAUGGGAACAUGUGGAGGUUAGACCAUGUCCUCAAGCGGAAAGCACAACAAGGAGUGAAGAUCUUUGUCCUGCUCUACAAAGAAGUUGAGGUGGUGAUGGGUCUCAACAGUGAGUACACCAAGAAGACACUGAUGGGACUUCACUCAAACAUCAGGGUUAUCCGACACCCUGAUCACAUGCCCUCCACAGUGUUGCUCUGGGCUCACCAUGAGAAGUCAGUGGUGAUUGACCAAUCGCUGGCAUUCCUGGGAGGGAUUGACCUGGCCUAUGGAAGAUGGGAUGACUCUCAACACAGGCUGACUGAUGUGGGGAGUGUGAGAAGAAGCCCUCAGCACAGUCCUGCUCGGUCCCCCAGUCUCACUCAUCAGCCAGUUGGCACAGUGGAGGAGGACGGGGAGAUGAAGUUUAGUGUGGUGGUUGAAGACUUUCAGAAUGGCUCAGUGGAGGAUCCAGGGGAGAACUGUGGGAGCUUCACACUUCCCAUUGUGGAGGAACAAGGAGAGACCAACCUGAGCCUCACACUCCCAACAGGAAGACUGCUAAGAACCCCCUCAGAGGAGAAAAGUCGGCAUAGUUCUGAUGGAACAGAGUCUAAAUAUUACAGUAGCAGGAACAGCCCUAAUUCUAGGAGACUGCUUGCUCGGGAAUGUUACACCAAGAGCUUAUCUCUACAUUCCAGCGACUCGUAUUCUCUUGGCCUGCAUCACUCUCUCCCUUUGCCAUAUGAAACCAGUUCCCUCAGAAGUUACAUUGGCAGUACUGAACUCUGUGGGGAGACUCGAUUCUGGCAUGGAAAAGACUACUGCAACUUCAUCCUCAAAGACUGGGUCAAGCUCAACAAGCCAUUUGACGAUUUCAUUGACAGGUAUAAAACACCACGGAUGCCCUGGCAUGAUACUGGCAUUUUGGUUCAUGGGAAGGCUGCAAGAGAUAUUGCAAGACAUUUCAUACAGAGGUGGAACUUUACAAAGUUGGUGAAAAAGCGGUCGGGGGCGACGUGCUACCCCUGCCUCAUGCCCAAGUCUAUCUCUGCACCCUUGGUGCCAGCUGAGUAUGAAGGCAAAUCCACACAGGCUAACAUACAGGUUUUGAGGUCUGUGUGCCAGUGGUCUAUAGGCUCAAAGGUCCACGAGGAGUCAAUUCAUUUAGCCUAUAUAUCAGCCAUCCAGAACAGCAAACAUUUCAUCUACAUAGAGAACCAGUUCUUCAUCAGUUGUGCUGACAAAACCAUUCACAACAGCAUUGGAGAUGCACUCACAGAGAGAAUCCUGCGAGCAUACAGGGAGAAGAAGAAGUUUCGGGUCUAUGUAGUGAUGCCUCUGUUGCCUGGCUUUGAAGGUGACAUUUCGUCAGGGGGAGGCCAAGCCAUCAAAGCAAUCAUGUACUUUAAUUACAGGACAAUGUGCCGAGGGGAGCACUCAAUUAUAGAGAGGCUCAAAUGUGUGAUGGCAGAUUCCUGGAUCAAAUAUAUCUCAUUCUGCGGUCUUCGCACGCAUGCUGACCUGGAUGGCCGCCUGGUCACUGAACUAAUUUACGUGCACAGCAAGCUCAUGAUCGUGGAUGACUGCACUGUCAUCACUGGCUCUGCAAACAUCAAUGACAGGAGCAUGCUGGGAAAGAGAGACAGUGAAAUGGCUGUGGUUGUUGAAGACACAGAAUUCCAGCCCUCUGUCAUGGAUGGAAAGAGUUAUCAGGCUGGCAGGUUUGCCCUGUCACUACGGGAAGAAUGCUUCAGGCUUGUUCUUGGCUUGCUGGGAGAUAACAGUAUAGACAUCAGUGAUCCCAUCAGUGACAGAUUCUACAAGGAAAUCUGGAUGGUGACUGCAGCCAAGAAUGCCAGUGUGUAUGACAAGGUCUUCAGAUGUUUGCCAACUGAUGCAGUCCUGAACUAUAGGAUUCUGAGGGACUACAUGUCACGCCCUUGUAUGGCAGCCGAGGACCCUGCACAGGCCUGUGCUGAACUGAAGAAGAUACAAGGCUUCCUGGUGCAGUUUCCCUUAUACUUCCUGUCUGAGGAGAACCUCUUCCCUUCCUUCAACUCAAAAGAGGGAAUCAUGCCCAUCGAGCUGUGGACAUAGGACUCUUUGAACAAUCAGUUGACGAGUCCACCACUUUUUGACUUCAGACCCUGAGGAGGCCUCGUCAUUCACAGGAUUCAUCUUGCUCACCAUGGACUUCACACUCAUGCGCCCUGCAGGAGAAAUACAAGAAACUGUGAGGUGACUCAU